UAUUAGAAUGAGAAAGAAAUUUCUAGAAGGUUAUACGCGAUCAAGAUGUUUCAUACAGUAUGCGUUGGAAAGUGAAAUGUUGCGGUUCACCCAAUCAACCGAUCGGGUGGGGGUCGUAGGCUACGGCGAAGACGUGGGGAUCACACAGUUUGCGGAGUCUGACCCACUAACAUUCUCCUCGCAGUUACUCAGCAACGAGUAGUCUCAAUCUCGAUAAUUUACAUAAAUAAGACGACAUAUUAAAUUAAUUAAAAAUAAAAAAUGCGUCGGAAUCGCGGUUUUCUAUUAUUGCUUUCAAUGUGCCUGACAAUGGUUUUUAUCGCUUUGAACGCGAGGUCGUCUACGGAUCUGCUUGAGCUCGCGGGUGUUACCGAAAAACGUAGCUCAUUCAAAAAAUACGAUGGGUCACGUGCCGAUAAUCGAUGGAUCGCUCGCCGCCAGACGCAUCGAUAUGUCACACCUUCUCUCGCCGAAUUGGGUGACAUACCAUACAAAUACAAGCACGUUCUUAUGCUGACACGCAUACCUGGUACAGGCGCCGAAUUGAUAGUAUUGAUUCUACAACGUUUACAAGGAUAUAACGCUUUUAAACAUAUACGUCUACCACCGAGUGAUUACGAAUUUUUAUCAGCUGUACAACAGGAGUUAUUAAUGGAAGAAGUUAUGAAUAUCAUCAGACAAGAAGCUAUUCCCUUAACUUUUGAUGGAGACGUAAAGUUUCUAAAUUUUUCGGCAUUUGGGCGUCAAGGACCUACUUUUAUAUCUUUAGUGAGAGAUCCUUUAGAUCCACGAAUUUGGCAAUGGAAAGGAAAAGAAGGCAUGCAUUAUCACGGAGCUAUACCUCAUUUUUGUGGACAAGAACCACGCUGCAUGGAACGAAAUAACACGUGGGCGUUGGAACGCGCUAAAGUAAAUGUUAUUCGAUGGUAUCCCGUUGUUGGGAUAUUGGAUUAUAUGGAGGAAUCGCUGAACGCGCUUGCAGUCGAGUUUCCUUAUUUUUUUAAUGGUGCUAUUAAUAUCUAUAAUCAAUUUCGAUCGAAAGAGAAUCUGCCCACUUCGGUAACUUUAAAAUUACGGAUUAAAGAUGCAUCCUUAAGAAAAGUUCUUGCACAAGAAGUGGAAUUUUAUCAAUGGUUAAAAUCCCGACUUCUCAACAGAACUUUCAACAACGACUGAGUACUGCAGUAUGAUCUAAAUAGUUAAUUGUAACCGUAACAUAAAAUUGUCGGAACCAAACAUUGUCUUUAUUAUAAAGUUUUCUAUUCGUAUUCUAUUAUAUAAAAGAAAAUAAGAACACGUACAGCUAAAGGAAGAGAAAAAAAUAAAAAAUGUUUAUUCCACUUGUAAAUAGAAUAAUUAAAAUCUAAGUUAUAUAUAUUAUAAUUUUAAUUUAUUUUAAUUUUUAAUAAAUUUAUAUAUAUUAUCCGAUAAAAAAAUACGUUCCUCAUUAUAAAAAAUUGCUCAGAACCAGACCGCUUUUUUGUGACAAUAAAUGAUGAGACAGUAAAUUUGUUUACCUUAAUUCUUAGAAACUGUCCCAUAAAUCUUCCCGCCUGCUUGUCGAAAGCGAAAAUAGGAUGAGAAUAGGGGUAUAAUCAGAAUGAAACAGACUUCUAUGCACUUUAGAUCUUGUUAAUAAGAUUAUUUGAAAUGAUACCAGGCCGCCAUAUUAAAAAUUUGUAUUAGAUUUUUUUCACAUUCUAUAAAGAGAAACAUAUAUUUGGUUAUAAUGAGCAUCAUAAGUAGACAUAAACUGAGCGUAAAGUUCAAAUUCUAAAGAGGCGAAUGUGAGAAAGAGAAGCUAUUUUUUUUUCUUUACCUUGACUUUGCCAUCAUCGCAUUGUCACCGACGUGUUCUUUCUUUGGCGCGUGAUCCAUACUUGUGUGUUCAAAACGCCUCUAUAUUCUCAAAAUGUAGAUAUCGAACUACAUAGCCAAUUCUACAAAAUUUCUCAGUGGGUAACACUGACAAUGAGAUAAGUUUCGUAUAUCCACGAUUACUGGUUCUGUUCUGUGCUACAUCCUCAGAGUAUCGCUAAUAC